UCAUCAGCCGAGAGCUAUAGUACGGCCCAUCAAUUCGCGAGGAAGUUUCGCAUUAGGCUCGGCUGCUGCAGCACGUGCAUUGUAACGAUUUCUACGGGAGAGAGAGAGACGGCGACGGCCGGUAACAGCAGCGAGAGCGAGAGUGGCAAAAGGAGCGAACGGCUAGGACAACAACAGCAGCAGCACCAGCAGGUACACUGGAGUAGUGGGGCCGGCUCCUCAUCGAGGUCCGCGCACGAUAUUUUGUCGUGUGCAUGUCUAUAGCCAUAGCGGUGUGCCAGCGCUUGGCGGCGAGAGGAAAAUGCAGUGCGUCGCUGUUCAGGAGAAAGGGGACCCGUAUAGGCCGGCGUCGAAUGCCACCGCUGCGAUAUUCGCCUUCCGCCGCUCAUUCAGUUGCCAGUGCGUGUGAUCCACGGACAGCUCUGCAUCGGAGGACCGCCGCCGACUUCCAAAGAUCGAUCCUCGCGCGUAGUCGCGGUGCUGUAGACACGCUCCCCUGCAGUGCGCGACUCGACGAUAACGCAGGAAAGUGGCCGAAGAAUGGACCGCCGCAACACCGGUCAGCUCCUCCCGCACCGUGAGACCUAACGAGAGCGACUCUCCGCACGUGUCGCCGCACACACACACACGCGCGCGUGUACGUGUACGCACGCAGGUGAAUGGCAGCAGUGGUGUGCGCGGUCGCACUUAGAUAUAGAUAACGACGCGGCGAGUCUCCGCAGUGAGAGGUGAACCGGCGAUUCGAGAGCACUGUCGGGUUAAUCGGACACACGGAGUCCAUGCGAUCCGCUCUUCGGCACAUCAUCCCUGCGCGACCUGGUAGUUGGUAAACAUGGCCUCGAUCUACUGGUCCCACCUGCUCCUGGUCUUCUGUCUGCUGGAGUGCUACGAUGCCGCCGGAAACGAGUCCAACAUCCUGAGGCUGAGCAAGCCCAGGACGAGCAGUGCUGGUGCAGCGCCGACGAAGCUGGAAGUGGCGAACAGCAACGCGACCGGUAAGCCCGACGUCGGCGGACACAGGCCGGUGGUCGAGUUCAGCAAGAACAACCCGGAGCUCGACUGGAAGACCCAGUUGAGGAAAGUGGCCGAGCAGGAGGAGAAGACCAGGUCCAAGGAGUUCGACCUGGACUUCAUGAGGGACAGGCUCGAGGAGAGCGCCAACAGCAUCCAGUGGCUGGUCGAUCUCUACGACCCGCUCAGGUGGACCAAGAUACCGGGAGACGUGGGCAGCGAGUGCCGGAGGGACAUGACCACCUUCCUGAACAAUCUCAAGAGGGGAGAGCUCUGGGCUGCCAAGUUGUCGGACGCGAGCGGACGCUACUCCUCGCAGUACCACUUCGGAAAUGGAUUCUGGCUCGGCUCGAGCACGCUCUGUCGUGAGCUCAACGCCACCGACGUCCUACCCUUCCACGUGCAAUUCUACGUCACGCGCAUGUUCUUCAUGCUGCCCAGCGAUAUCGAGAGCUCGACGAGGCAGGUGUUCAUCGGACUGUGCCUGCCGAGCACGUGCGAUCAGUCGUCCGUCAAGUCAAUGCUAAGAGCCUGCGCCGACAGGGUCGAGCGCCAGGGCAACGGCACACAUCGAUCCGAGGGUCCGAAGAUUCACAUAGUCCAAGUCAGGCGGGUUCCCUCCGACGACUACUCGCCAUGGAGCGACCCCAAGUUCUACGCCCUCGCGGGGAUAAGCUGCUUGACGUUCGUCCUGAUGGUCUGCGCGACGAUCUACGAGUACCGCAGCGGAGCCUUCAAGUCCAGCACGUGGACUACGUCGCCGGACGUCGAGUCACUUAGCGCCUCGAACAACAAUGAGCGUCGAGCUGAGUACGCCGACAAGAACCUAGCUACAGAGGAGCAGCAGCGCAUCAGCGUGAUACCGGACAAUGACAAGGAGCUCAUCGAGAAGAUCGAGAAGGGCACGAAGCUCACGGCUGCUGUGACCCCGCUGAGAAAGGAGGACAAGCCCAGGAAGGAAAAAGGCAUUCUGUUGAGCUGCCUGCUGGCCUUCAGCCCGAUCGCCAAUGGCAGCAAGAUCGUAAGCACCGAACCUGCGACCAAGAGCAGCCUGACCUGUUUGCAUGGACUGCGAGUGCUGUCGCUCGGAUGGGUCGUCAUGGUGCACACCUACCUCCAGGUCUUCUCGAUCGCCGAGAACAAGAUCUUGCGUACUGUCACCGAGAGGAACUUUAUGUUCCAGACGAUCAGCAACGCCACCUUCUCCGUCGACACGUUCUUCUUUAUCAGUGGCUUGCUGGUGACCAUACUGUUCUAUCGGUCGAUGGGAGGAAGCUCGCCGAGCGAUAAGGGCAACUUCGUCAGGGCGAGCACGAACAAGUUCGCUAUCAUGAUUCUCUACAGAUUCGUUCGGCUGACGCCGUCGUACCUGUUCGUCCUGGGGAUCAACGUAAUAGCCAUGAAGUACGCCAUGUCUGUGACUGUCUUCUCACCCCAGAUCAUCGAUCACAACACGUGCGAGCAAUUCUGGUGGAGAAAUGCCCUCUACGUGAAUUCUCUCUAUCCUCGCACCGAAAUGUGCAUGCUGUGGAGCUGGUACAUGGCCAACGACAUGCAGUUCUACGUCCUCGGCAUCUUCCUGCUGUUGCUCUCGGUGCGCUAUUUCCGCGCGGUCGCCGCUACGAUACUGCUGCUGAUGGUCUCUUCAUGGUUCACCACCUUCUCCAUCGCUUACAGCAACGAUUACAUAGCCAGGAUCCAGGAACCUUUCGCGCUGUUCGACGAGCUGUACGACAAACCCUGGCUGAGAGCCGGACCGUAUUUCAUCGGUACGAUGACCGGCUAUCUUCUCUUCAAAACCAACUGCAACAUCAAGAUUCCUAUGUUCUUCCGGGUGAUCGGAUGGAUAUGCUCGUCGCUGAUAAUGUGCUCGCUGGUUUACGGCCUCUACCCGGAGAACCUGAGCGUGACCGUGAGCUCAGUGUACGCCAGCCUUGGGCACACUGCCUGGGCCAUAGCCGUGAGUUUUAUUGUGAUCCAGUGCUGCACCGGGGCCGCGCCCCUCAUCGACAAGCUACUCUCCCUCAGGAUAAUCUACCCCCUGUCGAGGCUCACCUACUGCGCCUAUCUCGUCCACCCGAUGAUCAUGAUGUUCACCUCGACGCAGAUGGACGGACCGCUACAUCUUCACAAUGGCAUCGUGCUCAUUGUGUACUUCGGAAACUUCGUUGCCUCGUACCUAAUGGCCUUCUGCAUUUCUCUGGCCUUUGAGGCACCGGUUGUUAAUCUACUUAAAUUAGUACUAUCGCCGAAUAAGCGGGCGAGGUAAGGCGGAUAUAGGGCGAGCCUCCUCCCGAAUUCCAGGAGAGAUAUUCCACGGAAGUUGGAACACGGAAAUGUUUAAUGAACGAUGCGCGCACUUCGUUACUUCAUUACUCCGUCAGCCCUCAAGAGGAUAUAAGUAUCGAUUCGUUAUCAGUUUAUUUCACCCUGGAAAUCCGAGGGAAACGAAGAAGAAAGAAACUUCGUUAGAUUAACAAAAAAGAAGUGGAGAGAGAGAGGAAAAAAUACACACAGAGGAGCGAGUGUUCGUUUAACUUCGGUCGCUUCUAUUUUUCAGGGAUUAUUACAAACUCUCUGUACCUGCUCUCAUACGUAUAGGAGCUUUUAGGUUUGAUAAUCCGUGAAAAAAACUUUUCACUCGUCUGCACGCGUGCAUCCGCGGAUAAAGGAAGAAUUCGAAAGCCAGCACACGGCGGAUAGCGAAAAAUUUUUCAGUGUGCGCUCCUCUUUUUUUAUGCGAGAGCGCGCGCGUACGCGCCUGUACGCCGAAUGGCGAAGCCUUGCGCCUCCAAUCAUUCCGGAAAUGAAAGUAUCGUUCGCAUAUCAAGUUUGAACGAAUCGGCGACAGAAGUAAAAAACACCCACGCAAAAAUAAACAAAGUACGAGAGCGAUAACCAUUUUUUUAUAAAUUAAUAUUGUAUACACUGUGUAUAAGUCUAGUAAUAUUAUUGUACAAUAUAGCUGUAAUUACUGUUUUGUUACUGUAUCAAUAAAGCUAUUUUUUUAAGAA